CUUCUUUAUAUAUACAACUACACACAAUACAAUAUUUACAUUGAAUUUAUUACUAUAAUAUAGCUGUUUUCUUAUACAAUUCUCUUAAUCUUUGCAAAAGUAAAGAAAAGAAAAAAAAAAUGGAUUUUUACACAUAUCCAAGAAGUGCUUUUUCUUCUUCAUCAUCAAUUUUUUCUUCAUUUUGUAUGAUGGAUUUGAUUGAAAGAGCCAAAGAUUUCUUCAGAUUUGCUGUUUCUACUAUUAUUGGGAAUGUGUUUUCUGCAAUUUUCACAUUUUUCUUUGCAUUAGUGGGCACGUUAUUAGGAGCAAUGACAGGAGCUUUGAUAGGUCAAGAAACGGAAAGUGGAUUUAUUAGAGGUGCCGCGGUUGGAGCCAUUUCUGGUGCUGUUUUCUCUCUUGAGGUCUUUGAGUCAUCUCUGUUACUAUGGCAAUCUGAUGAAUCCGGAAUUGGAUGUGUUCUUUAUUUGAUUGAUGUAAUAGCCAGCUUGUUAAGUGGUAGACUAGUUCGUGAACGGAUUGGUCCAGCAAUGCUUAGUGCAGUGCAAAAUCAGAUGGGAGCUGUUGAAACUGCAUAUGAAGAGGUGCCUAACAUUUUCGAUACAGGUGGGGCAAAAGGUUUGUCUGGACAUUUUGUGGAAAAGAUCGCGAAGGUUGUAAUUAGCAGUGAUAACAAUGUGGAUGAUACAGGGGAGAGAGUCUCGUGUUCAGUCUGCUUACAGGACUUUCAACUGGCGGAAACUGUUAGAUGUUUGCCACAAUGUCAUCACAUGUUUCACCUACCAUGCAUCGAUACAUGGUUGCUGAGACAUGGCUCAUGUCCAUUGUGCAGACGGGAUCUAUAGGUGGUUGUACUCUGGUAAAUAGUUAUAAGGUUAUUUAAUUUCUUCAUACUUACUGAAAAGGAUUUCCCCCUCUAUGUUUGCCAUCACAUGCAGUAUAUCGAGGAAGCCUAUGUAAUUUAGUGGCAUAUAUGCACUUUCCAGUAUGGUCAUUGUAGUCAAUUACCAUUGUGUAGAAAGAAUUUUAAUCUAUUAUAGUAUAGUGCUCACUGCUCACUACUUCUACUAAGUAAGUAUUUUUGUAUCAGCACCCUCAUGUUUCGUGCAAACGUCUUGCAAGAAUAGGUUUACUGUAUCUAAUUAGUUGCAGAACAUACGAGUUUUCUGGUGAA